AUGGGGGAACACACCUUCUUCUUGGGUCUACAAAUCAAACAGUUCCCUCAGGGCACUUCAAUCUGCCAGGAGAAGUACAUCAAAGAAUUACUCAAGAAGUUCAGCAUCCAGGAGGCCAAAAUACUUGAUACUCUAAUGAGCACCAAUGCUAAACUCGACAAGGAUGAUGCAGGUACUGAUGUGAAUCAUACUAUGUAUAGAGGAAUCAUUGGUUCUCUCCUCUAUCUUACUACAAGCAGACCAGAUAUAAUAUUCAGUGUGGGGAUGUGUGCUAGGUUUCAAGCAGCUCCAAAAGAGUCACAUCUGAAGGCAGCUAAAGGGAUCCUAAGAUACUUGAAGGGAACACUGGACCUAGUCCUAUUCUACCCUUUUGCGGAUUCCUUUGAUUUAAUUGGAUAUGCUGAUACUUAUUAUGCAGGUUUUCUUGUUGACAAGAAAAGCACCUUAGGCAUGGCACAUUUUCUGGGGUCAUCACUGAUCUCAUGGUGA